ACAGUCACUGUGACCGAGAGGAGAAAUGGAGCAGAACCAGCUGGACCGAGAAACCUUCUCCUGUUCGAUCUGUCUGGAUCUACUGAAGGAUCCGGUGACUAUUCCCUGUGGACACAGCUACUGUAUGAACUGUAUUAACAACUUCUGGGAUGAAGAGGAUCAGAAAGGAAUCCACAGCUGCCCUCAGUGCAGGAAAACUUUUAUACCGAGGCCUGUCUUAGAGAAAAGCGCCAUCCUGGCAGCUUUGGUGGAGCAGCUGAAGAAGACUGGACUCCAAGCUGCUCCUGCUGAUCUCUGCUAUGCUGGACCUGAAGAUGUGGCCUGUGAUUUCUGCUCUGGAAGAAAACUGAAAGCCAUCAAGUCCUGUUUAAUUUGUCUGGCCUCUUUCUGUGAGAAACACCUUCAGCCUCAUUAUGAUGUGGCUCCAUUAAAGAAACACAAGCUGUUGGAGCCCUCCAAGAACCUCCAGGAGAACAUCUGCUCUCGUCAUGAUGAGGUGAUGAAGAUGUUCUGCCGUAAAGAUCAGAAGUGUAUCUGUUAUCUCUGCUUAAUGGGGGAACAUAAAGGCCACGACACAGUCUCAGCUGCAGCAGAAAGGACUGAGAAGCAGAGAGAGCUGGAGGUGAGACGAGAAAACAUCCAGCAGAGAAUCCAGGACAGAGAGAAAGAUGUGAAAGAGCAAAAGGAGAAGGUAGUGUUCAUAAAUCGAUCUGCUGAUAAAUCAGUUAAAGCAUGUGAGAAAAUCUUUAUUGAGCUGAUCCGUCUCAUCCAGAGAAGAAGCUCCGAUGUGAAGAGGUUGAUUAGAACAAAGCAGGAAACUGACGUGAAUGAAGCUAAAGAGAAUCUGAACAAGCUGGAGCAGGAGAUUGCUGAGCUGAAGAGGAAAGACGGUGAGCUAAAGCAGCUCUCAAACACAGAAGAUGACAUCCUGUUCCUGAAAAAUUAUUACCCCGAGCCAAGCCUCACCCCCAAAAUGCUUGAACUGAAACUGCCCAAUUUGUACAAAGUAGGGUAUCUCAAUGAUAUAAAAACAGCUGUUUUAGAAGCUGAAAGGGUGGUUGAGGAAAUUGUGACCAGCUGGAUGGAGAUCACUCUGACAGAGAUUGAGAUAGAUGGUUCAUCAUCAACUCCUGCAGAGGUGCGUAUGAACAGGAAGGAACUCUUGGUGCAUUUACAAGAUUUAACACUGGAUUCUGUGACAUCAAACAGGUACUUAUCUGUCACAAAAAACAGAGCAAUUAAAAAUGAAAAAGCCCAAUGUGCUGACAGCUCUGAACGGUUUAAACGUUUUCAAGCACUGAGCAAAACGACUCUGAGUGGAUCUUCUUAUUGGGAGGUGUCUAAGUCUGGUAGAUGCUCAGUGGCUGUUGUAUCCAAAGAUAUCAGCAAAACAGGCCGACCAAAGGAAUACACAUUUGGACUCAAUAAAGACUCCUGGGCUCUGGAGUGCUGCCAACUUUUCUACAUAUUCAGACAUGACAAUGCUCUGACACUGAUCUCAGGUCCUGGUUCCUCCAGAGUAGGAGUCUACCUGGAUCACAGAGCAGGUAUUCUGUCCUUCUACAGCGUCUCUGAAACCAUGACUCUCCUCCACAGAGUCCAGACCACCUUCACUCAGCCGCUACAUGCUGGGAUACAACUGUAUGAAAAUGGAGACUCAGCUGAGUUCUGUGGACACAUAUAGGUCAGAAACCACACAAUUAUUAUUGUGUAGAUAAGAUCAACUUUAUCAUCUCCAUAGGGGGAACUUAAUUAGUUUCAGCAGCCCGACGGGGUAAAGCCGUGGCUUUAGUAACGGAUUUUUAUUGAGUAUAAAUAAAUAAUAGGAAAAAUAUUGCAUAAUCAUAAAUAAAAAGGGGAAAUUUACAAAUAAUAUAUAAGAAAGAGUUGAGAAAGUAUUUUUUGUAUUGCACGCCUAAUGUCAGCAGCCUGAAAGUCAUCUAGAAGUUUGCUCGUGUGAUGCCAUCUUCGCGCUUUUGAGCACUGCACGCAGUUUUUCUUACUUUCCAGGCUGUUGCGUAAAAGCUCAACACGCACAGAGAAAAAGAUGCUUUGAUCUGCAGCAACAUUCUUCAAAGUAUGUGUAUUUGGCAGGUGAUCCAGGAAAUAAUUAACCUUUCAACACUCAUCUAUUCUCUUCCCCAAACUGUGAGCUGUGCGCUCGGCAGCACUGCGUUUUUUUUCUACCUUUUUUUUCCCCCUCCAUUUUAUGUUAGUUGUUUUGCUAAAUAUGAUAACUUUAUACAAGCAUGCAAUCCCAGGGAAAUGCUGGCAGGUGAGUGCGAGUCAAUAUAACUUAGAUAAAGUAGUAAAACAACUGCUGAGUAAAAAUGAAAAAGCAAAUGAAAAAUAAUGAUGAUGUAAAUAAGGCCCGUUCAAACAUUUCGAUGCUGUGUGACAAAAAAUAAAGUUUUGUCAUCAUGACAACGAUUUCUUAAUCCAGUCUGAUCGGUUAAUUUAACUAGGACCACAUUUACUCUGUUUUUCUUUUAUUGUACCAUCAACCAAUCACAGCUCUUAGAAGAUAGUGUCACACCUAGCAAUGCGGUCAACCGCACCUCCUCACAAAGGUAAACAUUUUCUGUCGUUUCCUUACUCAGAGUCGCUUUCAACAGCGUCUGAAUUGCUAUUAAACAGAGAUUCCUAGGUAGGAAUUUUUAUGCUAGUAUAAAAACUUUCUAAGAAUCUUUGUGAAUUCGGGCACUGGACCUUAACAGAACCUGAAUUCACAAUCUGCUCUCAACCAGUUCUAGGUUUCUGUUUAAAUUAACUUUAAGAAGCUGCUCUGGUUCAAUAAAUGUUUACUUGAACAGACAAUUUUGACUUUAAAUAACAUUUUAGACAUUAUCAGGCAGCCAUUUGUUUGUUAAUGAUUUAUGUUAACCAAUUGGGGGAGUGGUGGCCGAGUGGUUAGAGCAGCGCGCUUGCAUUUUGAGAAGGUUGCAAGUACC